CGUGGUAAAGCAAAAAGAAAACAAACCAAAAAAAGAGACAGAGCUGUCUCGGGUUUGAGUGAACCCUCCUCUACUGCUCUUAUCCGCUAUUGGACAGGUUCUCGACCAAUGAGCAGACGGGGAGGUGGACUUCCUGUAGGCCUGCUGUAUGAAGUGCCUCUGUAAAACACUCCUGAGCUCUCCUGUGGUGUUUAUUUUAUGGGGGAGAAGGGAAAAAAGGGUCCAGCAACGUGGCGCGUGUGGUGUUUGAAAAUUGUGCCUAGUUCUUGUUUCACUAGAGUGUGAUUUACAGCUCAGGGUGGAGAAAACUGGAGAACCUGAAGGAAACCCACACAGACACAGGAACAACAUCCAAAACUCCACAUAGUCAUUAAUGCGAGGACUGGGAUCAGGAUUGAACCAGGGACCCUGGAGCUCGUCUCAACAUGAAUCACUAUGCCACUAAGAAGACGGUGGCUGAAAGCAUGCUGGAUGUGGCUCUGCUUAUGGCCAACGCUUCUCAGCUGAAAGCCGUGCUGGAACAAGGGCCUGAGUUUAAGUACUACCUGACCGUGAUUGUGCUCAUCGCAGUCUCGCUCUUCUUCCAAGUGCUCGCUGGGGCUUUCUUCAUUCUCAUGGCACGUAAAGAUCUCAAUAUCGUCGCCAAUCAGAAAAAGCUGGACGUAAUGAAUAACUUAGCGACUGCACUAGUGUUCUUCACCGUCAUCAUCAACAUCUUCAUCACCGCAUUCGGCGUGCAGAAGACCGGUCUCUACCCCCAGCAGUGAACUUUAAUGGAAGAUAACAGAUUGAAUACCUGACAUUACAGAUUAAUAUUUAUUUCUGUUAGUAAAAAUAAUGCAAAUGUACUGUAUUACAGCAUAACAAACAGUAUAUUGUGUGUGUUGUUUGGUUUCAGGACAUCAGUGAAUCCUGGAAGCCUGCACUGGACAUUUAAAAUAAUAAUAAUAGUAAUAAUAAUAAUAAUAAUAAUAAUAAUAAAACACUUUAUUAUGCUAUGUACAGUACUAUUUACCUUUGCCAUAUUUUAAUGUUAUAAAUAAUCUAUCUUCGAUUUUUAACAUCACUUUAAGCGUUUGAAUUUUCAUUUAUUUAUUCAUUCAUUUAUUUUCAACUAAACAGCAAAGCUGUGGCCUAAACUCAUUUUGCUCCAUAUCUUGCCAGUAUUCUUGGUUUAAACAUUCCAGCACUGAAAUCUAUUCAGACAAGUUUAUGAUUCAGGUUUAGUGUAAUGUCAUUGUUAACUUUAUACUGAAAACAAAACAAAAAAUAUGGUUCAUUUUUUUUGUAAGUUUCAUAAAAUCAAAGUAAGUCACACUCCACUGUAUUAUUAGAUAAAGUGGCGUGAUAUUAUGUGAUAAAACAUUUGAUAAGGUGCUAAUAUGAUACAAACAAUAGACACAAAAUCUGCUCAUGAAACAUUUCUCAGUAAAAUGGAAUGAAAACUAAAAUGAUAUGAAAAGAUUUUUCUGUGUGUGUAAGUGUGUGUGCAUGUGUAUCUGUAUGUGUUUCUACAACUAAAAUUAUUUUACAAUUUAUAAUACUUGAUUCAGUCAGGAUGUUUGCCGCUGUAAGACUAUAAAGCCAUGUGAUAUUGCAGAAUUAAAGCUAAACAACUAAAUCA